UCAACCUCAGUACAGUGCCAGUACCCUUCAUUACUCAAUUGCUGAGGUGAAAGAAGUGGGUGGCUUACUAUCUUCUGCUGCUAAGUAGAUGGAUGAUUACUAAAUUCAAAUUCUCUCUCCCCCUGUCUGAACAGUAACCUUUGUCUCUUGACUCUGCAGACAUUCUUCCUUCUUCUGCUUUAGAUCUCUCUCUCUCUCUCUCUCUCUCUCUCUCUCUCAAAGCUUAGGGAAAAAGAAGAUGAGCACAAGCACAAGCACAAGCACAAGCACCUUUGUAAUCAGGUGGAUCAACUUUCUCACAAUGAUACUAGCAAUAGGAGUCAUCGGUUUCGGGGUAUGGAUGAGCACUCACCACGACGAAUGCAAAAGAUCUUUAACAUUCCCUGUUAUGGGUCUCGGAGGCUUGAUCCUUCUAGUAUCCUUCGUCGGGUUUGUCGGCGCUUGGAAGAACGUCUCUUUGUUGCUCUGGGCAUACCUUAUAAUGCUGUGCUUGAUUUUGGUGGCAAUCCUGGUGUUCACCGUAUUGGCGUUUAUCAUAACAAAUACUGGAUCCGGGCGUUCUGUAGCUGGACUAAGGUACAAGGAAUAUCAUCUCCAAGAUUAUAGUUCCUGGUUCAUAAAACAACUCAACAACACCGAGAAUUGGAGCCGCUUGAGAAGCUGCCUAGUGAAGUCUGACGAUUGCAAUAACCUACCAAAGAAAUAUAAGACUUUGAAGGAGUAUAGAUUCGCCGACCUUACCCCCAUUGAGGCUGGUUGCUGUCGACCACCGUCAGAGUGUGGAUAUCCAGCAGUAAACGCUUCCUACUACGACUUGAGCUAUCAUCCAGUGAGCACAAACAAGGACUGCAAGCUUUACAAAAAUGCACGCACAGUGAAGUGCUACGAUUGUGACUCGCGCAAGGCUGGAGUUGCCCAAUACAUGAAAACCGAGUGGCGAGUAGUCGCCAUAUUCAAUCUGAUUCUAUUUGUCAUUUUGUCAGUCGUAUAUUUUAUCGGUUGCUGCGCGAGAAGGAAUGCUGCAAGGAACCACUCCUCGAAAGUUCAAGGCAGAUGAUCAUUGUCCACGGCACAAAGGUAUUUGAGGUGAUUAAGUGAGGAUCUAAGAAAUAUGUCCACUUUUACGGUGGGUAUCAGUAAAAAAAAAAAAACAGCAGUAAAAUCUCCACGAGCCCUCUCUGUAUUGUAUUCUUUUUGUUGAUGGUCUCUUUUUCACUUCAAAUGUAUCCUGCUUGGCUUAUCUAUGAAAGAGUAUUAUCCUUGAUAGAAAUGUUAGUUAUAAUUACAAAUUAUGUAAUUAAUGAUAAAGAUCUAGACAGUAAAAACAUUUUUUCAGCUUU